UCCCUGGGCUCGUGCGCACCGACUCUCGUCUACAUGCAAACAUGGCGAAACUCUUUCCCGUUACUCCGCCACCCUUACCGUCCUCCGCCUCCUCAUCGUUAACAUCACCGUCUUCCCCMCCGCCGCCGCCGCACUCCCCGGUACCGUGAUGACCCGGGAGGAUGGAGAAGUUGUCGGCGAGCCUGUCGGAGAUCGCUUGGAGCCCGUUGGCGCUGCCGCUGGACGCGGUGGUCAGCAAGUUUCGACUGCCCACCCUGGUCCGUCUGGCCCACGGGAAGUUCAAGUUACUGGAUGAAGAUCGUGACGUCAGGGAUCCAGUCCAGUAUUUCUCCAGCGUGGAGGAAGUUGCCGGAGUCUUCCCUGAUCGGGUCUUUGUCAUGGAGACAAUCACUUUCAGUGUGAAGGUGGUUUCAGGGGAGUUCAGUGAAGACAGCGAGCCCUACAGCUUCACUCUGCAGGCUGGAGAUGAGCUGUCACUCAUGGGGAAGGCGGAGCUUCUCUGUGCCACACCCCCAAAGGAAAAAACAGGACUUAGCGCGCUCCUGAGACGCCUGGGAAAGACUCCUAGAACUGCUCGCCCUCUCCUGACUCCGCCCUCUACUGUUACCCAUGUUCCUGGGCAGACUGUCCUGCUCCUAAUGCAGCCAGUCCGGAGCAAGUCCCCGUCUUCCCUGCAGACAACUCGUCCAGCUCUCAGCCAGUGCAGGUCACCUGGGCAGAUUCCUUCACGCCAUCCGCCCCUCGCCUCAGGCCGCCGCCCCCUCAGAGUCGCUUCGCUCCCUUCGGAGCGUUGAACCCUUUUAACCGUCAGUCCCCGUGCCCCUCGCCUGAGCCCGCUGCUAAUCCCACCGCAGAUGCCUCCAGAGGUGCAGAAGGUGGUGGAACAUCAGUGAACGUUGCAGAAGGAUCAGCGUCACCUCCUGACCCMACCUGGAGACCACCUGCUGACCUGUCAACGCUCUCAUUGGAGGAAGUGUCGGCGUGCCUGCGCUUCAUCGGCCUACCUGAGGCAGCCGUGGAGGUCUUCCAGAGAGAGCGAAUAGACGGCAGCCUCCUGGUGCAGCUGACCGAGGACAUCCUGUCACAUGACUUCCACCUGAGCCGACURCAUGUGACCAAAAUCAGUCAGUUCAUCCAGGGCUGGAGGCCCAAACUCUGACAGCUCUGUGUGUCUGACCAUGUGCCUUCACUGUGACCAGCUGAGUCACAACCCUGACUUAACUUAACCUAACCUGACUUAAMCCUCUGGUGAAGCCUAAGAAACCACACUCUGGUUAAACCACUGAACUGACUGAAUCCAGACUGGAACCAGUUUACUAACACUGGUUCAAACAGGAGCUACAUGGUGAAAAAUGUCC